CAUACAUGCUGAGCUGCCCACCAACUUGCCAACGCCUGGAGAUAUACCUUUUGAUGAAAAGGGAACGGGCUGGCCAAUAUGUCUCUGAAUAUACCAAAUGCGCCGAACGCCGGCUUGUUCAAGCAGGGCUACAACAACUAUGAUUCCGAAGAUGGAGCUGUUCUACGAAACAUCGACGCGUGCCGUGCGAUCUCAUCGACGGUGCAGACCUCGUUGGGUCCAUACGGUCGGAACAAGAUCGUAAUCAACCACCUUCAGAAGAUGAUCCUGACCUCAGAUGCCGCCACCAUUCUCAGAGAGCUCGAUGUUGUCCAUCCCGCCGCCAAGCUUCUGGUCAUGGCCAGCCAACAGCAAGACGCCGAGGUUGGCGACGCUACUAAUCUGGUUAUCAUCCUCGCCGGUGAGCUGUUGCGCAAGGCGGAAGACCUCCUCCGAAUGGGCCUGAAGCCGAGCGACAUCGUCACCGGCUACGAACGCGCACAAAAGAUCGCACUGGACGUUCUCGAGGAGCUCGAAGUCGACAAGGUUGAAGACAUUAGAUCACAAGAGGAGCUCAGCAAGGCGAUUAGAACCGUCGUUGCUAGCAAGCAGAAUGGCAACGAGGACUUCCUUGCCGACCUUGUGGCUGAGGCUGUCCUUGCCGUCCUUCCCAAGAACCCCGCCAACUUCAACGUGGACAACAUCCGGGUGGUGAAGAUCAUGGGAGGCAGCUUGGAGCAGAGCCGGGUAGUCAAGGGCAUGGUCUUCCCCAAGGAGCCUAAUGGAUCCGUGAAGAAGGCUAAGAAGGCCAAGGUCGGAGUAUUCUCGUGCCCCAUCGACACCAGCCAGACCGAGACCAAGGGCACUGUUUUGCUACACAACGCGAAGGAGAUGUUGGAUUUCACAACGGGCGAGGAGACACAGCUCGAGGCCGCCAUCAAGGAACUCCACGACGUGGGUCUCAGGGUAGUCAUCGCCGGAUCCACCGUUGGCGAGCUCGCCAUGCACUACCUCAACCGCUACGGCAUCCUUGUAAUCAAGGUUCUCAGCAAGUUCGAGCUGAGAAGAAUUUGCCGAGUGGUGGGCGCAACGCCCCUGGCCAGGCUGGGGGCUCCGAUGCCCGACGAGAUGGGGAGCAUCGACAUCGUCGAGACGCUCGAGAUUGGCGGCGACCGGGUCACCGUGUUCCGGCAGGAGAACGACGUGACUCGGACAGCGACCUUGGUCCUCCGGGGAGCUACGCAGAACCACCUCGACGAUGUCGAGCGGGCAGUCGACGAUGGAGUCAAUGUUGUCAAAGCCAUUACAAAGGAUCCUCGACUUGUACCAGGCGCCGGAGCUACAGAGAUACAGCUUGUGGAGAGGAUUCAAGCUGUUGGAGAGAAGACACAGGGUCUUGCACAAUACUCCAUCAAGAAGUUCGGCGAGGCAUUCGAGGUUGUGCCCAGGACCAUCGCAGAGAGCGCUGGCCUGGAUGCCACCGAGGUGCUCAGCAGAUUAUAUGCAGCGCAUCACAAAGGUGACGACUGGGCCACUGGGGUUGAUAUCGAGAAUGACGAUGGCACGGGCACACUGGACGCUACGGAUGAGGGCAUUCUGGACCUCUUGGUCACGAAGCAAUGGGCCAUCAAGCUUGCGACAGAAGCGGCCCGGACCAUUCUUUCGGUCGAUCAGAUCAUCGUAGCCAGACAAGCUGGCGGGCCGAAGCCACCAGGACCCAACCCCAACUGGGAUGAAGACUGAGCCAGAAACCGGUCAGAUAUUUGGGCGCGGUCAUGAGAGACGGAGUCCUGGAGGGUUCUAGAUUAGGGGGCGACAUAUAAUCUCGUGCAUGUACGGGUCCCCAGAAAAGAAAAGUCGAAGGUUAUGAAGAUCCGCAACUUCAGAGAAUGAGGUUGCACUGUACGAAACCUUUAACGCUGCUGAGAAUAAAAACCCCUUCGGACUCUCCCAGCCAUUGAGCCAUACGAGGGGAUGAUCUUCUCUCCCGGUAGCCAGACGGGUGUAGAUCAACUGGGAGCUGGCCGCAUUUAUCCCUGUUGUAGUGUUCGGUGUAAUCCAUGCCUUCGGACCUUUUUAAUAACGGCUGCGGCUCGCGAGCCCGGCCUUUCGGGAACUGAAUAUAUG